AUGUCGACUACUAUCAGCCCUCGCGACCUCUCGAAUUUAGCCGCCCUGCUUGCACAGCACAAUUUGUCUCUCCCCCCUCAGCUCGCUGCUCUGGUGGAACCAGCGCCCACUCCUGCAGUCCCCACUGCCGCUGUUGCUGCACCCGCCACCGCUCCCACUCCUGCUGUUCCAGCAGGUACCGCCGCUGCACCCGUUUCGCCUGUCCUAAUUGUGGGCACCGACGGCAUGACUGACGAAGACACAGGUCCAGAGGUUGAGCCCGUUGACCUUGGCCAUAUCCGUUGUACCAACUGCAGCGCAACCCUUGUGCUUGAGGUCUUGCGUGCGGAUGCAUCUGACGCACCACGGUCUGCCACACCCUCCAAGCGCUGGUACUCCAUCACUGUUGGCCGCCAGAUUGGUGUAUUCCAUGGCGUAUGGGAGGAUGAAUUUAAACACCUUGUCGACGGUGUGCCUUACUGGGCUGCACGUCGUUGUGCCAAUGAGCCUCAAGCCCGCUCCCACUUCAAGGCUGCAGCUGACAACGGAAGGACCUUCGUCCAUGUCGAUGGUUAG